CAUUCGUUGCAAAUGAUUGCAGUUUGUGCUGCUUUGAUAUCCAUUUCUUUUUCUUCUUUUUUUUCUUCUUUUUUUCUGUAGUACAUUGGAGGCACAAGAACAGAUUCUAGUUCACCAAAAUGGAUCCUGAUAUUGAAGAGAAGCUGUUGACGGAUGUUGAAGGACGAGAGGGUGUUCCUGGCAAGGAAAAACUCAAGGACAGGUUAUGGAGCGAGGCCAAGAAAAUGUGGGUGGUGGCUGGUCCUGCUAUAUUCACUAAAAUGUCGACCUUCGGUACUAAUGUCAUCAGCCAGGCAUUUGUUGGGCACAUUGGAGCUACAGAGCUGGCUGCUUAUUCUCUUGUUUCAACAGUCUUCCUGAGGUUUGCUAUGGGUAUCCUGUUGGGAAUGUCUAGUGCAGUAGCGACUCUAUGUGGGCAAGCAUAUGGUGCCAAUCAAUACGACAUGCUAGGCGUGUAUCUUCAGAGGUCCUGGAUUGUCCUAUUCACAUGCUCGCUUUUUCUUGUCCCUGUGUUCUGUUUGACCUCUCCGAUAUUGAAAGUUUUAGGCCAGGAUGAAGCUAUUGCAGAAGUGGCAGGAGUGAUUGCUCUCUGGUUUAUCCCCGUGUUGUUCUCCUUCGUUCCAUCCUUCACCUGCCAACAGUUCCUACAGAUUCAGAGCAAGAAUAUGAUUAUUUCGUACUUGGCAUUUUUUUCGCUUUCAAUCCACAUCUUGCUCUCAUGGCUUUUGGUGGUGAGAUACAAAUUAGGCAUUCCUGGGGCCAUGAUGUCUACCAUUUUGGCAUAUUGGUUCCCUAAUCUGGGCCAGCUUUCUUUUGUUAUAUGUGGAGGGUGCCGAGAAACGUGGAAGGGUUUCUCAUUCUUGGCUUUCAAGGAUUUGUGGCCAAUCGUCAAGGUUUCUUUAUCAUCUGGUGCCAUGCUUUGUUUGGAACUCUGGUACAAUACAGUCCUGAUUCUCCUAACAGGAUACAUGGAGAAUGCUGAGGUUGCCAUAGAUGCUCUCUCUAUUUGCCUCAAUAUUAAUGGCUGGGAAAUGAUGAUAUCUCUUGGUUUCUUGGCCGCAGCUAGUGUACGGGUCUCGAAUGAACUUGGAAGAGGGGACUCAAAAGCUGCGAAAUUCUCCAUUGUGAACACAGUGCUUACAUCACUUGCCAUUGGAUUCGUGUUAUUCAUUUUCUUCCUGUUCUUUCGGGGACACCUAGCUUACCUAUUCACAGAGAGCAGUGAGGUGGCUGCUGCAGUUGCAGAUUUAUCACCUCUGUUGGCCUGCUCCAUUCUUUUGAACAGCGUUCAACCCGUUCUCUCUGGUGUUGCUGUUGGGGCUGGCUGGCAGAGCAUUGUAGCAUAUGUUAACAUUGCAUGCUAUUACCUAGUAGGGGUUCCAGUGGGAGCAGUGCUCGGUUAUGUGUUCGAUUGGCAAGUCAAAGGUGUCUGGAUUGGUAUGUUGUUUGGCACAUUUGUUCAAACUAUUGUUCUCAUAAUAAUCACUUGCAAAACAGAUUGGGAUCAACAGGUAUCCAUAGCUCAAAAACGAGUUAACAAGUGGUUUGUGGAAGCUGAGGAACCCAGUGCUAAUCAAUAAGGUGUUUGAGGUUCCGCGAGCUGAUUGCACAAUGUUUGGAGCAUUAGAAGUCUUCAGGAAUGGCCAAAAUGAAGUCCCAACAAGCGGAACAUUCGGAGAGAAUGGUCUUGGCAAUUCCACCAAGUGCGCCCGGGGUGCAGCUUAAUCGCACCUGAGGCGCAUUACAUCGUUAUAGAAAACCCGAGUGUACAUGGAGGCGCAUGCAAAUUGUUCUCGAGGCACAUACGACGCCACAAUUAUUUGUUAUUUCGAUUUAAAUGGUUUUUCAGCUCUAAUCAGAUAUGAAGACUCUAAAAAGGCGAACCCUAUACCGUUGUUAUCGAUGUUCCAGCGUUGGAGAGACACAAGUCGGGAAGAAGAAGAGACUCUGAUAUUUGAAUCCGCGGAGAUCUCAGUGAAGGCUUUGGAUCUUAGUACUGCAAGCAUGGGUAAUCUUCCUCCAUGUGAUUCAGAUGAAACUGUACCAAGUAACUGUUUGACAUCCUAAAUUUGAUUGAGAGAAAUUGAACAAGUUCUUUACAGCAGCAAUCAAUCGCGACCGUCCAAAA